AUGCCUUAUAGGCGAUUGACGUCAGGCAAUUUGUUGUCAUUGGCGGCUCCCAAGAUGGCGUCCAUCAUGGAAGGGCCGCUGAGUAAAUGGACUAACGUAAUGAAGGGCUGGCAGUACCGUUGGUUCGUGUUGGACUACAAUGCAGGGCUGCUCUCCUAUUACACAUCCAAGGACAAAAUGAUGAGAGGCUCUCGCAGAGGAUGUGUUAGACUCAGAGGAGCUGUGAUUGGUAUAGACGAUGAGGACGACAGCACCUUCACAAUAACUGUUGAUCAGAAAACCUUCCAUUUCCAGGCUCGUGAUGCUGAUGAGCGAGAGAAGUGGAUCCAUGCCUUAGAAGAAACUAUUCUUCGACAUACUCUUCAGCUUCAAGGUUUGGAUUCAGGAUUUGUUCCUAGUGUCCAAGACUUUGAUAAGAAACUUACGGAGGCUGAUGCUUACCUACAAAUCUUGAUAGAACAGUUAAAGCUUUUUGAUGACAAACUUCAAAACUGCAAAGAUGAUGAACAGAGAAAGAAAAUUGAAACUCUCAAAGAGACAACAAAUAGCAUGGUAGAAUCAAUUAAACACUGCAUUGUGUUGCUGCAGAUCGCUAAAGACCAGUGUAAUGCGGAGAAGCACGCAGAUGGAAUUAUAAGUACUAUUAAUCCUGUAGAUGCAAUAUAUCAACCUAGUCCCUUGGAACCUGUGAUCAACACAAUGCCUUCCCAGACUGUCUUACCUCCAGAGCCUGCUCAGUUGUGUAAGUCAGAGCAGCGUCCAUCUUCUCUACCAGUUGGACCUGUAUUAGCUACUACCUUGGGACAUCAUCAGACUCCAACGCCAAAUAGUACAGGCAGUGGGCACUCACCACCUAGUAGCAGUCUAACUUCUCCAAGCCAUGUCAACUUGUCUCCAAACACAGUCCCAGAGUUCUCUUAUUCUAGCAGUGAAGAUGAAUUCUAUGAUGCGGAUGAAUUCCAUCAGAGUGGCUCAUCCCCAAAGCACUUAAUAGAUUCCUCUGGAUCUGCCUCAGUCUUGACACACAGCAGCUCAGGAAAUAGUCUAAAGCGCCCAGAUACCACGGAAUCACUUAAUUCUUCCAUGUCCAAUGGAACAAGUGAUGCUGACCUUUUCGAUUCACAUGAUGAUAGAGAUGAUGACGGGGAGGCAGGGUCGGUGGAAGAGCACAAGAGUGUUAUCAUGCAUCUGUUGUCACAGGUUAGGCUUGGAAUGGAUCUUACUAAGGUAGUUCUUCCAACAUUUAUUCUUGAAAGAAGAUCUCUUUUAGAAAUGUAUGCAGACUUUUUUGCACAUCCGGACCUGUUUGUGAGUAUUAGUGACCAGAAGGAUGCCAGAGACCGAAUGGUUCAGGUUGUAAAAUGGUACCUCUCAGCCUUUCAUGCAGGAAGGAAAGGAUCAGUUGCCAAAAAGCCGUACAACCCCGUUCUGGGCGAGAUCUUUCAGUGUCACUGGACGUUACCAAAUGAUACAGAAGAGAAUGUGGAGCUAGUUUCAGAAGGACCAGUUCCCUGGGUUUCCAAGAAUAGCGUAACAUUCGUGGCUGAGCAGGUUUCCCAUCAUCCACCCAUUUCAGCCUUUUAUGCUGAGUGUUUUAACAAGAAGAUACAAUUCAAUGCUCAUAUCUGGACCAAAUCAAAAUUCCUUGGGAUGUCAAUUGGGGUGCACAACAUAGGACAGGGCUGUGUCUCGUGUCUAGACCAUGAUGAACAUUACAUUCUCACAUUCCCCAAUGGUUAUGGAAGGUCUAUCCUCACAGUGCCCUGGGUGGAACUAGGCGGAGAAUGCAAUAUUAAUUGUUCCAAGACUGGCUAUAGUGCCAAUAUCGUCUUCCACACUAAACCUUUCUAUGGGGGCAAGAAGCACAGAGUUACUGCUGAGAUUUUUUCUCCAAAUGACAAGAAGUCUUUCUGCUCAGUUGAAGGGGAAUGGAAUGGUGUAAUGUAUGCAAAAUACUCAACAGGGGAAAAUGUAGUUUUUAUAGAUACCAAGAAGUUGCCUAUAAUCAAGAAGAAAGUGAGGAAGUUGGAAGAUCAGAAUGAGUACGAAUCCCGCUGCCUUUGGAAGGAUGUCACUUUCAACUUAAAAAUCAGAGACAUUGAUGCAGCAACUGAAGCCAAGCAUAGACUUGAAGAAAGACAAAGAGCAGAAGCCCGAGAAAGGAAGGAAAAGGAAAUUCAGUGGGAGACAAGGUUAUUUCAUGAAGAUGGAGAAUGCUGGGUUUAUGAUGAACCAUUACUGAAACGUCUCGGUGCUGCCAAGCAUUAGGUUGGGAAAUGCAAGGUUUGCUCCUGGUGACCCGGGCAGGAGGCACAAUGAAGUAACAGUCUUCCUUUGGGAGAACCUAUUCACUCCCUUCUUAUUGCAGUGGUUCCUAUCUCAGGGAUACUGGACUUUCUGAUGCAGAGGAACAAUUAAAGCAAGAAAAGCUUCCCUUUUUCCUGUUCUGUGGCAGUUAGUGUUGACUUUGGUCUUGAGAAAAAACUUCAGGUUUUGAAAACAAGAUGUCUGCUCCUUUUCCAAAUCCCACGUUAUAAAUCCCAGUCUCAAACUCUGCACUCUAGUAUUGCUAUUGAGAUAUACAUCUGUUUCCUAGUUCAUAUAAUCUUGGGUUCUAUAUAUAUAUAUAUAUAUAUAUGUAUGUAUAUACAUAUAUAUAUAUAUAUAUACACACACACAUACACAUAUAUAUACAUAUAUAUAGGUGAUGCCAGAUUUUUCAUAAAUAUGCCAUCUACUGUAAAUAUUGGUUCCUCUGAGUUGUUUUAGAAAAUUUAGCACAAUGUAUUAAAACCACGUGUUAGGAAAUUUCCUGGUCUCACCUACAAUAACUUUUAUUUUGGAAUUGAACUAUUAUUAAAUUGUAUCCAACUCUGGACUACAGUUUAAUUAUACUCAGUGCUUCUUAAGGCUUCAUAAAGUAAUUUUUCCAACCUUUUUUUUUAGUGUGUUUCUUUUAUUAUUUUUAUGAUUAAACUUGAACCCAGUUAUUUGGCAGCCUUGAAUACAGGAGCUAGCUUUUUUUUUUUUUUUUUUUUUUUUUCUUUUUUUUUGCGGUACACGGGCCUCUCACUGUUGUGGCCUCUCCCAUUGCAGAGCACAGGCUCUGGAUGCACAAGCUCAGUGGCCAUGGCUCACGGGCCUAGCCGCUCCGCGGCAUGUGGGAUCCUUCCAGACCGGGGCACGAACCCGCGUCCCCUGCAUCGGCAGGCAGACUCUCAACCACUGCGCCACCAGGGAAGCCCCCAGGAGCUAGCUUUUUACAGGGACUCUUGAAGUAAUGAAGGGGUCCAUCCUUUUCCUUCCUUAGGCUCUGUGUUCUGUCUUUAGCCCCCACAAUGCUAUUCACAAGUUUUAAUUGAACUCUCAAGUAGUACACAUAGGGCUACCGACAUUUUAUCCAAAAAUAUUUUAUUGCCUUAGAGAAUUUGGGACGAAUGUUUAUUUUUAGAUCCCCACCCCACACCAAAACAAAAUAUAAUAAAAGGAAUGCCACAGCAGCAAAUGGCUCAUUCUGAAGGGCAAUACAGAAUUACCUUUAUUUUUAAAUACAUUAUAAACAACAACACAGGUAUUAUUAGUAUUAGCACCUGGCAUUUAGGUACUAAUAAGAAAGACAUCAACUACAUAGGGCCUCUGAAGCCUGUCAUACAGAACUCGAUUCUCAAUCUGAGAGGACCAGGACAGGCCAGGGAGUCUCAGAUGGCUCCUGCAAGCUUUUUGGUUACAUUGGCCCACCUGCUAAUUGCUCUCUGCGGCUGCUAUAGUAACCCUUGGUUUGUUAGUCACAACAGAAGGAGGGGCUGGGGGGGGGGUACAAAUUCUAUGAUGCCAGUGCAAAAAUUCAGUGGAAGCCCUAAGGCAGUAGUAGUGUAACUAACUUCAUAAAAUUCAAACAACAACAAACAAACACUUUUAAAUACACAGUGCUUCAGGCCAAUGAGACUGCAGUUUAUUUGACUAUUUUAUGGUAGGGGAGAAGGUUAAGUCUUGAUGUGAAAGCCCUGAUAUCAAUAACGGGGAUGGUACAAUCUGCCAGCAGAGGGGAGGUUGGCAGGUAGGUUAGCUGCAUCACUUCACAAGAAGAGUUUGAAUCCUCACUGGAAGGGGUACCAUCCUCUUCCGGCUCAUACUUCCCAAAUCCAACAACCUGAAAGAGGCCAAAGACUUGAGGUGAGAGAGAAUGCUGACCAAAUUUGGGCAAAGACCUGUUAGGAUCUCUGAUACCAAUCUAAAUGACAACCCUGGAAAGGACAGAGCUACAGCUUAGGUAACCAUACUCACAUGAACGCUGAGCAUUUUACUUCCUGGUCCUCUAUGAGCCUUGAACCAGUUGACUAGGUCUGAUUUUGAGAAUGAUUUCAGUGCUUCAAUCUUAAAGGGGGAAGGGAGGACAGGAAAGAAAGAAAGCUAUAAAAGACUAAUAAUGUAUUUUCUGUAAAGAUAUUAAACAUAACACCCUAGGCA